UGAAAUUUGGGGAAGGACACACCUGCUGAGUGCUGUUUUUGCCAGGGUGGGUGUAGAAGGUCCCUGUUCCCCCCUGUGUUUGGGUUAUUGAGGCUGGUGCUUGCAAAGCCUCACCAGGCUGUCCUGGGGAAUUGAUGAUUAAAUUAUUGCACUAACGAUCUAUAAACUACUCAAAAAAAAAAAUCAGUGAAUUAGUUUCAUUCAUGUCACAACAGGUUCCUGCCUUCAAAGAUGACAAAACCCCUCAUGCUUUAUGGUUUUAGUUAGACCCUGAAUGUUUGAUGCUGUUAUUUUCCAUCGCGCAGAAUUUCCUGAUUUAUACCAGGGCAAAGAAAUCGGGAUAAGGCAGACAAAAUCUCUGCAAAACCAUCAGAAUGUAACCUUUCUUAUGACCCUCCAUACCUCCUGCAAUCCUGCUAUUUUUGUAACUCUGGCUAGGUAGCAGGAUGAAGAUUACAUAUCAUCCUCCAAAGCAGCGCUUUUAUUUUGGUCCUGUUAUUUUAGGAAUAAUCAGCAGAGAACAAGGAUCCUUCCUCUUACGAAUUUCAUGUGUUUCCCUGAGGGGACUGAUAGCGAGGGGGGCUCUUACAGAAUAUACAAUUUCCCUAGCAAGAGUUUAGAUAAAUCUUAUCUGCCCUUGAAUCUGUGGUAAAUCUUUCAUGGACUUGUGUGGAGCCUGAGUUUCAGUACAUUGUUCACAUGCUGCCUUCUAAAUCUCGGAGCUGCAGCGUGUUCAAACACCAGUAAAAACCCUGUUUCAAACCAUUACACACAGCAUAGUUUCAUGUGCAUUUCUCUAGAUGUCUAAAUUUGGUGUUAUAAAUAAAAAUGAUCUUUUUCUUUCCCCCCCCAGGCCAAAUGUGUGCCCAGUGUUUGAGCUGGCCCUGGUGGGACACCAGGAGCCCUGCAUUCAGUCCUUCAGCAGGAUGGUCAAGAUGUGGAAACAAGGCUGCACAAAGGGGAGGUGGUGUGUGAGCUAUGAGAGAAGGUCUGGCUACUACACGGUUUACAAGCAGGUGUACAGGAUGGAGCAGCAGACCGUCUAUAAGUGCUGCCCCGGCUGGGCCCAGCGCGACAACGAACGCGGCUGUCUGCACUUGCUCUGCACUGCUGGCACUUGCUUCAACGGAGGGAAAUGCUCUGGAGAAGGGUCCCAGGUGUGCCAGUGUCCUGCAGGAUUCCAGGGCCCUCGCUGCCAGUAUGAUGUCAACGAGUGCACCACGGAGAACGGCGGCUGCCACGACCGCUGCUGCAACACCAUCGGCAGCUACCACUGCAAGUGUCCAGCUGGCCAGAAACUGGGGGAAGAUGGGAAAUCCUGUGGAGACGUGGAUGAGUGUGAGGAGCUGAAUGGAGGCUGCCAGCAGGGCUGUGUCAACACCCAGGGCUCCUUCCAGUGCCAGUGCCGGGCGGGAUUUCGGCUCCACGCCGACGGGCGCACCUGCAUCGCUGUCAAUUCCUGCAGCAUUAACAACGGGGGCUGUGAGCAGGACUGUGUUCAGCUCAGUGAGGACCACUACACGUGCCAGUGCCAGCCAGGCUACCAGCUGGACACAGAUGCCAAGUCCUGCCAAGUGAUAGACCCCUGCACAAGUGGGAAUGGAGGAUGCUCACAAAUCUGUCAGAGCGAGAGAGGAAUUGCAAAAUGCGGGUGUCAUCCAGGGCAUUCUCUUUCCGUAGACAAAAAGUCCUGUUUAGAUGUUGAUGAGUGUGCAGAGGGCAGAGCCAGGUGUGCCCAUCGCUGUGUGAACACCCCGGGCUCCUUCAGCUGUGCCUGCAGCCCCGGCUUCGAGCUGGGCGCGGACGGGCGCCAGUGCUACCGCAUCGAGAUGGAAAUUGUGGACAGCUGCCAGGACGGGAACGGCGGCUGCUCCCACCAGUGCGAGCACACGGCAGCGGGACCGCGCUGCUCCUGCCACCGCGGCCACCGCCUGGGCACGGACGGCAAAACCUGCACAGAGGUGGAUGAGUGUGAGACUGGAGAGUCCUGCUGCUCCCAGUUCUGCAUCAACUACGCGGGGGGCUACGAGUGCGCCUGCCAGGCGGGGUUCCAGCUCAGCACCGACGGCUGCUCCUGCGACGAUGUGGAUGAAUGUGGUCUGGAUAACGGCAACUGUGACCAUUUCUGUGUGAACUCCCUGGGGUCCUACGAGUGUGCCUGCAAGGAGGGUUACAGGCUCGGGGACAGCAGAUGGGCCUGCGUGGGUGUGGAGGAGGUGGAUGCAGAGGAGGCAGCGGGGCUGGCCGGCGCCCCGGGGCUGCAGCUCCCAGGGCCCCCCCAGCUGCUCCACUACGCACUGGGACCCCUGGCUGAGGAUGGAGACCCCCGAGGGGAGCUCACCCUGGUGCACAGGGUCGUGUGCCUGGGUGACACGUUUGGCCAGGACUGCAGCCUGAGGUGUGAGGAUUGUCUGCACGGGGGCCGCUGCAACAGCGAGCGCAGCGGCUGCGUCUGCCCGCCCGGCUGGGCUGGUGUCAUCUGCAAUGAGACCUGUCCCCCCGGCUCGUUUGGCAGAGGAUGUGCCGGUGUCUGCAAGUGCCAGAACGGCGGCUGGUGUGACCCUGGCACGGGGCAGUGCCGCUGCCCGCCCGGCGUGCUGGGCCGGCUCUGCGAGGACGGUUGCCCAAAAGGUUUCUUUGGGAAGAACUGUAACAAACCGUGCAACUGUGCCAACAAGGGCCACUGCCACAGACUGUACGGAGCCUGCCUGUGCGACCCCGGGCGCUACGGCCGCUUCUGCCACCUCACCUGUCCCAGGUGGGCCUUCGGCGCGGGCUGCUCGGAGGAGUGUCAGUGUGUGAAGGAGCACACGCUGGAGUGCAGCCCCAGGAACGGCUCCUGCACCUGCCAGCCCGGAUACCACGGCAAAAAGUGUCAGAAAGAGUGCACCCCAGGGUUUUAUGGGGCUGGUUGCAAACUGAGGUGCAGCUGUCCUCCUGAUGUCCUGUGUGAUCCUGAGACAGGAGCCUGCAAACAUCCGUGUCCAGCUGGCUUUCAUGGAGAAAAAUGCCAUUUGUCUUGUCAGCCUGGAAGCUUUGGAAUGGGCUGCAGGCAGAGGUGCAGCUGUGGAGGAGCCCCCUGUGAUCCGAAGACAGGGCAGUGUGUUUGCCCAGAUGGGAAGACUGGUGCUACGUGUGAGCAAGAUUGCCCAGAUGGCCAGUGGGGACCAGACUGCCAGAACUCCUGCGAGCCCUGCGCCAACGGGGGCCAGUGCAACAGGGAAACCGGAGCCUGUGACUGUCCCCCUGGCUACACUGGGCCAUCCUGCUCUGCCACCUGCCCCGAUGGGCACUAUGGCCCGAGCUGUGUGUCGCUGUGCAGCUGUGGCAGCAGUGCCCAGUGUCACCCUGUCACCGGAGAGUGCUCCUGUCCCCCGGGCUGGACCGGCCACGACUGCAAACACCCCUGCAGCAGCGGCCACUGGGGCCAGGGCUGCGCCAACUCCUGCGCCUGCGACGGCGGCGACUGCGACCCUGCCACGGGCACCUGCUCCUGCCAGCCGGGAUUCACCGGGCAGCACUGCCAGCUCAGGUGCCCCGAGGGGAGCUUUGGCCCUGGAUGUGAGUCCAGCUGUCAGUGCCAGAACGGAGCCGCCUGCGACCACGUCAGUGGAGCCUGCACCUGCACGGCGGGCUGGACUGGAACCUUCUGUGAAAGAGCUUGUCCAGACGGAUUCUUUGGGAUUGACUGCCACCAGGUGUGCAAGUGCAAGAAUGCUGCUGGCUGUGACCACGUGCUGGGAUGGUGCCACUGCCUCCCGGGCUGGCUGGGGGAGAGCUGCGAGCAGCCCUGCCAGGGGAACAGCUAUGGGCCAGGCUGCAGGAACUCUUGUCACUGUCACAACGGAGCUCUCUGUCACCACGUAACCGGGACGUGCCUUUGUAGCCCGGGCUGGAAAGGAGCCACCUGCCAAGAAGCCUGUCCCCCCGGGUGGUACGGAGCGAACUGCCUGCAGCGCUGCCUCUGCCACGGCCAGGCCACCUGUGACCCUGUGAGUGGCGAGUGCCAGUGUCCCCAGGGCUGGACGGGGACAGCCUGCGAGCUGGAGUGUGAGGACGGGCAGUUUGGAGAGGGCUGUGAGCAGAACUGCAGCUGCCACCAUGGGGUGUGCGACCAGUCCUCAGGGAAGUGCCUCUGCCACGCUGGCUGGACCGGGGACCGCUGUGAUGUUGCCUGUCCCCCGGGAUUUUUCGGGAAGCGCUGCUCGGAGCGGUGUGACUGUGCCCACGGCUGGUCCUGCCACCCCCAGAGCGGAGCGUGUCACUGCCACAGGGGGUGGCGAGGGAAGCACUGCGACAAACCCUGCCUGCCGGGCCGCUACGGCGCGGGGUGCGGGCGGCGGUGCCGCUGUCCCGCGGGAAGGCCCUGCCACCACCUGACGGGGGCCUGCGGCUGUCCCCCGGGCUUCACCGGCCACGGCUGCCACAAGGCUUGUCCACCGGGCACGUAUGGGCAGGACUGUCACGGAGUGUGCCAGUGCUCUGCAGAGAAUCAGGAAUGUCACCCUGUCACUGGCCACUGCUCCUGCAGCCCGGGCUACCACGGGGCCCGCUGCCACCUCCGGUGUCCAAAAGGUACUUAUGGUUCAAACUGCCAAAAUCCCUGUAAAUGCAUGAACGGAGGCCACUGUGACCCUGCGUCAGGAACGUGUGAUUGCGCUCCCGGUUUCAUCGGAGCCAACUGCAGCAAAACUUGCCCUGAGAGCCGGUAUGGGAAGGACUGUGCCCAGUUCUGUGCCUGUGGCAGAGGUCAGUGUGACCCACGGACUGGCGAGUGCACCUGUGCCCCCGGCCACACGGGACCUGCCUGCCAGCAAGUGUGUCCCCAGGGACGAUAUGGCCCCAACUGCCACCUGACAUGUACCUGUCAGAACGGUGGCAUCUGUGACCACGUGGAUGGCAACUGCACCUGUGGGCUUGGCUGGACAGGAAGAUCCUGUGAGAAAGAGUGUCUCCCCGGGAAGUAUGGGGCUGGCUGCUCCUUGGACUGCCCGUGCCAGCACAAUGGCACCUGUGACAGGUUCACAGGGUGCUGUAGGUGCCCCGAGGGUUUCUACGGCCACUCCUGUGAGCACAGAUGCCCCCUUGGAUUUUAUGGGCUGGGCUGUCUUCAGGCCUGUGCCUGUAAAAAUGGAGCAAGCUGUGACGCAGUGACAGGACAGUGCCUUUGUCCUUUGGGUUAUCAUGGUGUCCACUGUGAAAAAGGCUGUGACAGGGGCUGGUUUGGUGAGAGGUGCCAGCAUCAGUGUGACUGUGGAGAUGCUCCUUGUGAUCCAGAGACUGGGAAGUGCCUUUGCCCACCUGGGAAGACUGGAGACAAAUGUGACAUUGGGUGCAGGCCAGACCGGUACGGCCCCGGCUGCUCCCUGCGGUGCCAGUGUGCCGGCAGAUCCCGCUGCAAUCCCCACAACGGCAACUGCGCCUGCCCAAACUCCUGGAUGGGGCCAACCUGCAGAGAAGGUGGCCCUCCAAAGCUUCCUUUUUAUGAAGAACAAGCUCAAGAAAGAGAGAGUAUUUUUCCAAGAGCUCUACAACAGUAACAUUUGGACUAAUAAAUGAACUGUUUUAUAUGCACAGACGGUAUUUGAAUUUGGAUAUGAAAACAGUUAUUCAAUUCAGCUUGAAUUGUACUGAAGUAUUCACACUUCUUAUGGAAGACUACAGAGGCCAUUUAGUAGCUGGAUCCUUUUAAAAAGUUGAAUCUGUUUCAUGUGCUCAUUCCUAGCCUCUUGCCCCUCCAUUAAUCUACUCUGGACAUUCUUUCUGGUAUUAAUAUAAUUCAUUGCUUGAAAGCCUGGACAUGUUUUUAAUCAGACCAGCUCCAUAGAGUGCGGGGAUAAGCGGCGUGUAACACCUCACCGUGGAAUGAGCCAGACUCCAUAUCAGGGACUUUCUAAACCCACUUGACAGCCAGCACCAAGUUUGAAGAGUGUUCCACAGAUUAUUUCUCUACAGAUUCACUGCAAAAUCACAUUGCACAGAAACUAGAGGGAUUCAUCAAGUUAAUUCCUCUUUGAAUAACACUGUGUGUUCUAGAAAAGUAUGCAGUCUAAUUUUGAACUUGCAGCUGAAGAAUCCGCCACAAUCCAACAAGAGUCCUCAAUACAUUGUUAAUUUAUUUAAGAGCAUCUUCUGCAUUUCUGGUGUGGUUUGACUGAUUGGAAGAUCUCUGUCUGAAUCUGUUUUCCAAAGAGCGUGGUGUCAUCUGCCAGACUCUCCUGGCAUUGUGUCCUCACAUCUUACCAGAUUAAUUUCUCAGUGGUUUGUCAAGCCAAGCUGUGCAGCACUUCUCAUAAAACAGUAUCUGCUGAUGCAGAAAAGGUUUUAUCUUAAAUGGAGAAAGCAGAUAGAAGAGGAGAGGUGCUUAAAGAUAAUAUUUUUGGGUUUUGGGCUUUUACCGAGCCUUUUUAUUGUUUUUUAAUCAUCUUACAGCAGUUCUGAUGCCAUUCAAUAGCUGCUGGUGGCCACUUCAUAGAACAGAGAUGUUUUGGUGCUAUUUUGUCUGUUCAGACAGGUUUUAUUUUGAUAUUAAAAAUAUGUCAUUAUAAAGAAAUGUAUGUUCUGUAUUUUAAUAUUCUGAGUUAACCAAGCUAAAAGAUUUCAGUGUCUCUUUAUACCUCUCUUUAGGUUAGGAGUUACAAAAUCUGUGUAGUAAGCACUUGAUUCUUACUGUAUCAAAACUGCACUUAAGAAGGGGCUUCAGGGCCGUGGUAGGCACAGAGUAUGGGCAGUUCCAGCUCUUGUGCUGACAUUCCAUUCACCACCAGAACAAACUGCAGCUCUGCAAGAGCAGGUUUUGGUUUUGCAAGAGACAAAAUGACAAUAAUUGAUGGUAACUUGGGAUUUUUGAAGGAGUUUGUUGUUUUGGUUGUGUGAGUGAUGAGUUGGUGAAGCAGGAUCCAGGAGGUUGGAUGGGAAGGUGAGCUAACAAUUUUCACCAUGGUUCACCCCAGGUCUUAAACACAUCUGCAGUCAAUGACUGUCCAGCCAAAGCACAUGGCACUCACUCCUCUGGAAGUUUAUUUCAAACUGUGAUCUAUGGGAGGCAAGACAGUUUUAGGAGGUGUUUUCCAAGCUUCAUGGAAGUCUUAUUGUUGUUAUUCAUCACUUUGUAGGUAUUGAAAGUAAAGGUAUUUGUGAAUGUGUCAAAAUUAAUUAACUAACUGUGCUUUCAGCCAGAAAAUCACUGGGGCUGAUGUUGAUCCCUUUUAAUUUCUACUGUAGAGCUCAAUGAAUGUCACUGGAAAGUUCAUUCAAUGUAAAUGUGGCAAAAUUAUAGUCCCAGAAGCGUGUGACUCUCAGCAAGGCAGUGACAUUUUAAAUGUUCUUUUGGAGGUUUGAUGGCUGGGGUCUGAUCCUACAAUUAUGUGAAUUUGGGGCAAUUUCACUGAACAGGAACAGAUAAAUCUCCUGUGAGACAAUGAGAUAUAAUCUUAGCAACUGCUGGAGAAGAACAAUUCAAGUUGAGCAGUUGACAUACUUUGAUCUUAGCUCUAUAUUUACUGCAGAGCCAAACUACAGCAGUAGUGCAAGUGUCACACUGUACUCAAGAUUUUUUUGUAGAAUCAUCGAGUGAGUAAAGCUGUAGGAAAACCUCUGAAGGUCUGAGCUUCCCUUUAAAGCCUGGUCUGCUUCAGAGUCAGAUGGGUCAGAGAUUAAUCAUUGAAAUAAAAUUUCAGAGAUUCAUCCCAGCUAGUUUUGAAUAUUUCCAAGGAUGGAGAUCCCACCACCUCUUUGAACCUCCUAGUGGAGGUUUCAUUUUCUUCCUUUUUUUCCUGAUUUCUAAUCAGAAUUUCUUAAGUUUCAUCUUUGGUCCACUGCUUCUCAUCCUUUCAGUGUGGAUCUCUGAGGAGCCUUUGGCUUCCUCUCCCCUACAUCCCCAUGGGGUAGUUGGCUACAGCCUUGGUCUUCCCUUCUGAAGACUCCCCAUUAGCUCAGUGACCCUCCCUGGCCACAUUCCAGUACAUCAGAUGUUCCAGUUUGUUCCAGCUGCCCAGAGACUGGUGUGGUUACUCAGCAGCUCAUGCAUAAAACCCUUUACACUGCUGUCAGACAGCAGAAUGGAUCAAAUGUACUGUUUUUCCCUUAUUUUAGUAGACUGGCAUGUGAUUGGAGCAGCUAAUCAAAGGGGAGACCUUUCUCAAGCCAUAUUAUUUACACCUGUGUAUACUUGUUUACAUUUUUCACAGUACCUUGCUAAUAGAAUUGUAAAUAUGUAGUACAAGGAAAUAAAACAUUUUUGUAUUAAGUGUUUUUAAAGGAUGUCACAAUUUUAGGUACAUGAUGAAACACAUAUUUUAAGUGACUGAUACUGAGCCUGUGCCAAUGAAUUAAGAGGCCCAAGCAGAUCUGCUUUGGGAAAUAUUUCAGCAAACAUUUUUUUAAAUCAAAAAAUGCCAAUUCAUACAAACCACUCCAUAUGCAAUAGACUUUUUUAUUCAAAAUGCUUCUUGGCUUCUUUAUGUUAUUACCUUGGGAAAAUAAGUUCACUUCAGUGCCAUCAAACAGACCAUUCUGAUUUAUGGUUCUGCGUGACCUUUUGUUCCAAAACAAAGAACAGUCAGAUACAGGUAAAAAUCAGAAUUAAAGAUUACAAAAAUAUUAAAAGAGGAAUUUUGAUGGGAGUAGUUGGAAUGUCUUAUCUUGGUUCUUAUUUUUUCAUAAGGCAGAGAAAACUUUUAUAGGAUUUUGUUUUCUAUAAGAGCCACACUUACACAUUAUUAACUACUAAUUAAGGAAUUUUAUUUGCUUCUGAUAUUAUUCUGAUUCUGCUCCUUACUACAGUUUAACACAUUAAUGUAAUUCUUUGCCUACAAAGCAGUCUUUGACAGGGUUUUUUAAUGGAAAGCUGACUAAAUCAGCUUUUCCAGAGAUUAAUUUUGUGGCAAGCGAGUGUAGUUGCUACUAAAUUAAUACAACAUCGCUUAUUUGCUUCAUCAGAUUCCAGUGAAAGAGUGUCAGGCUGACACAGUCCUGACCACAGCACUGGGGCUUGUUGAAAAUGAGGGUGAAAAACUCAGUGAAAAUGGGGUUUAUAGUUAAAUUGAUGCCCUUCUUCCUCUUGGUGAAGGCUUUUGCUGGCUCCCCAUUUCCCAGGAGGCUGAAGUGAAUUACCCUUCCUUGGAGAGAGCGCUCUGUGUAUUCCUCUGUAACACAACUGCACGUGCAGAUAGCUCCUUUCAGAAAGACACUGGAAUUAUUUCAGCCAUGCAGCUCCUGUGCCAGCUCCCCCUCUCUUACCUUGUGUGCUCCAGAUAACUUCAGCUGGAGUGGGAAGGAGUUGAGUGCAACUCAGUGGGCCCAGCAGAACCUCGCUCGCUGAGAAUUCAUGAAACCAGAACAACGUGUUUUAAGUUAGACUUCACUAACACUAUCCUCAUAGGAAAACAAUCAGAAUUUUAAAAAUUCCCCUCUUCCCCUGCCAAAAAUUAUUAUUCUACUUUUAUCCUUUUUAUGUUGAAGAACCAUAGCUAUUAAAGUUUGCCCAGAUUCCUUGCCAACCAUAUUAUUUUGAUUGGCUGCAGGUUUCUGUUUGUGUAAGUAAUAACUAGCAUAGUGUCAGGAGUUGCCAACGGG